AUGACAGACGUUCCUCCUUCUUCGUCAUUGACUGACGAGGAAAUAGAGGCUUUCCUAGCAACACGACCGUUGAGGGAUCGCCAAGAUGCUUCUACAGAGGAUGAUAAUACAGAUUUAAUGGAAUUACUGAUGAACAAUAAUUGGUCCUUGCCGAAUCAUUUGACUUCUAUACGAGAUGGUACAGACCAGCAACAGAACUAUGAUCACCAGAGAAAUCAGCAAGGCACUACAACCUACUCGAAUCAGAACACACCUUCCGCCUUCGCGGCUCAAUUUAUGCCAGGCACACCCGAACAGGGAAUACUACUUCGUGCGUUGGCAGAACAACAACAAGAAGGCAGAAAUACACAAUCAGGCACAGAACGGAACGAUGAGCUUUUAUCAAUACGAAUCUCCCCACGAAUUGCGACAAGAUCGACAAACCCUAAUGUGGCCCAGCUUAGUCAUCAGACUUACCAAGAUAGAGAUCCAACAGGAACACUUUCCGCUUCGACUUCUUUCUCAUCCAGUCAAGACGAUGGUGCUAGUAGAACACUUUCUGAUGGUACGCCAGGAACGGCCGGUGGGAAGAGUGAGAUCCCGCCUUCGCUUUCGGCUGAAUUAGCAGGUUUAGGGUUGGACGUUGAUAAUUUCUAUAAAAGUACGAUGAUGCAACCCAAUCGAUCAAAUGACGAGUAUGAAGAAGAUGUAUUUAUGGAUACGGCAGAUUCAUCAAUGCAACGAACAUCUUCUUCUUCGUCUGCAUCAACAACAAAACGCACGACGGGUAUAGGUGAUCAAAGUUUAUUCUCACAGAAUACGACUACAUCUUCGGGUUUAGAUGAUUCAGUCUAUUCAACAAACGAAGUAGAUAACUCACGCUGGAUUCAUGGAAGGGACACUCCACCAGUCUCGCCUUCGCCGCCAGGAUCAAGAGAUUCGCUUUCAAUCGCUGAUCGUUAUGCUGCAAUUGGGAAGAGCAGGGAUGUACAGAUGACUACUACAACGUCUGACAUGGGACCAUCAUAUGGCUUCCUUCAGCCUAGUACAAAGCAAUACCCAGGAUCCAGAUUAUCCAUCGGAGGAAUGGAAUAUCCUCAAACAUGGCCAAGGACGUUCAGUACAGGAUCAGGAGCUGCGGGUACGAUGAGUUCUUCGACCGAUUCUAGUACACAAAAUACGCCAUCUUUAUCCUCUUCAACUGGUUUUAUUGGACCGGAGAGAAUGCGAAAUAAUGCACGUUCGCCAAUUCAACAUUCUCGAAGUGAUAAUCCGAUUUACAGUGCUGGACGUUCUCCGCAGUUGAGAUUAGCUCGUUCACCCUCAACGUCUUCUUCGAUUUCUCAACAAAAGGAAGGAACGGCUGCUUCUACGAUUGCGGCAGCGUCGGCAGCCAUAGGAUCGAGCAGCUCUAGACGCAAUAGACCAUCUUCACGUUUGUUAACAAUGCCAGAAGCGGCUAAUUUGUCCGUUGAAAGUUUACGAUCGGAUUAUACUCCAUCUUUAACAUCUCGAAUGAGGAGCGGAUCAAGUAUUGGCACAGGCGGUGAAAGUAGCGGAAGAGGAAAGGAGAGGAAUAAGAGAUGGAGUACAUCCUUUAUCAGUCCUACGUCCUCAUUUGAUCAACCAAUCAAUCGAAGACGAGCGGGAAGAAGUGGUGAAUCAGAUCAAUACGAAGAAGUUUCGAAUGCGUUGGAAACGUUGCGAACAUUCUUGCGUCAACGGGAUGGUAAUAAUGCAAAACAAACAAUCAUUCCUUCUCGUCGAUCUUCUACUUCGCAAUUUAGUAAUUUGACGGCGAUGAGUAAUGAAGCACUUCAGUCCGCACAACAGGGACUUGGCACCUCCUCUCCAAUACAAAAGGUAUUGCGUCACCCGCCUGCAGGUCCAUUGCCACCAAGAGGUUCACUGUAUGAUAGAAAUGAAGCUGCGGCGCUUCAUGCACAUGAAUUGGCCUCUAGGUCAUCAUCCCAUUCACUUUCUCCCGCUACGUCUAUCAAUCUUUCACCGCCUGCAAACGAUCCACGAUCGCAUAUUCGGACGAAUACAAAUUCUCCCAUGUCUAGCAACUUCCAAAGGCAACAACAUCGACAUAAUCGAUCAACAUCCUCCGCUUCGAUUGAUAGGAUUGCCGCUUUGGAAGAUCUGGCAGAUCGUGUGAGACGAAUGCGGGAAGAAGAUCGAUCACUGCAAGUUUCCAUGCAAGAGAAUGAUCAUUUCGGUCACCGUCAGUAG